GGUUUGGUGGUUAAGUUUGCAUUGGAUAAAAUAAUGCCUGCUUGUGAUUGGACUGCACUGGUUGUAACAUGCAAGACGAAAGAUUAUGCCGAUGCUAUCCAAGCACAGCUGGAAAUGCGGCAAAAACUUGGGGAGUUAUCCAAAGAUCUCAUGAUUCUGUGUAUAGAAGACCCACAGGAAGGGUUGGGUAGUGGAGGUGCCACUCUAAACGCACUGCUUGUUGUUACGGAGCUUCUUUCAGCAAAAAACAAUUACACUGUUGUAACGUCAGACGUGCUGAAAGGAGCCAAGAUUUUGAUUUUACAUUUUGGUCGUUACUUUCCCUACAAUCCACUUGGCCGUGGGUUUGUAUCUCUUGCAUUGAACCCAGAGGUUGGUGAGUCUGAUUGUUUAAUGACCAAUUUUGACGCUCUUUUCAAGACAGUGUCCACAAACCUUGCUCACAAUUCACCACCAGGUUUAUGGGUGUGCAGCAGUGACAUGCUGAUUAGUUUUCCUCACAACUAUGCAAUAAAUUGGGACAGUGUAAAUAUCAAUGAUGGAGCUGUAUGUAUAUCUGUCCCCAGCACCAAGCAGUACGCCUCAUAUCAUGGUGUGUAUAAAAUAGGGGCUGACAACAAAGUAGAAGAUUUAAUUUUUCGUGGUGAUGACGCACAGAUCUCCGCUUGCACAUUAAACUCAACUGAUGACCUUGUGCCUCUUACGACUGGUAUUGUGUUUUUUUCCACUUUUGCUACUGAGCGUUUACUGACCACACAUAACACUCCACCUCUGGAUGCUUGCACAUAUAUGGGUAUUGACAGUGGGAUGGAUCCAUUGUGUUUAUCUCUUUUCUUUGACAUUCUUCUUCCUUUGGCUACAGACGUAAACGAGAAAGAGUUCAUAAAAGGUCAACGAUCUGGCGCUUUUGGACAGGAAGAUAAGAAACCGCUGGGAAAAGAUAAGCAACUUAUGCGAAAUGCACGAUCUGUUCUUUGGAAGCAUUUACGCGACCUACCACUUACUGCAGUGCAUAUUGAUGUAGGUUCACAUUGUUAUUUAGAUAUGUCAGAACCUCCGUCAAAGUACUGCGAUGUUUUAUUGAACCAGUGCCCUGAGAUUAGUGGUUUUAAACCUUCAAAACAAGUGCAUUCCUACGUUCACAGUAACAGUGUUAUUGGAGAUAAGGUUUUACUUAUAAAUAGCAUUAUCGAUUCAGGUGUGACCGUGGGAUCGAACACAACCAUAAUUCAUUCUCAUAUAACAGAAAAUAUGAUCAUCGGAAAGAAUUGUUAUUUAUGUGGCAUAGACAAGCAAUCAAGCUUUGUUGUGCCUAAUUCCAACAUUCCCAGCAACAGUUCUAUAAUAGGAACUUAUGUCAAUUUACCUACUACCGCCCGUGUGUUUGUAAGCAUGCAUAGUCAAGGAAAACUUUUAUCCGAUAACGAUAAUGUGGAAGAUGUAACCAUCAACUCAAUGGGUGAAAUCAUCUCCACACAAAGCAAUGUCAUAAAACCUGAAGUAGAACACGCCAAACUUCUGCCAUUUAGUUACAGAAAUGUUCUUGCCAAAGCAAGUUUCGAUGAGCACAAAUCAACUUUAUUUAUGGCUAAACUUGUUCCAAUGCUACAUUCCAAUCAGGCUGUUAAUAUCUCUGACUCGAUGGUCUUGCUUAAAAAGCACAUCUCGAAAACAGAGUAUGAAAAAUGGCUUUCUAGUGUCCGAUGUUCAUUUUGUGAAGUUUUGGAAAACGUUAAUCAUAUGAAAGAGUUUAAAUACGGGAUGAACAUGUACUUUGAUGUGGCGUGUAAAAAAGUCUCUGAGAUCCUAAUGCAGAACCAUGAUAUCAGCCUUCUGCCUUUUUUCAAGAUGUUUACAGUUAAUGGGGAACACGGGAGGGUGUUGGAGUUAUUGGAUCAAAUUGCUAUUGACUCUGUAAGUGGGAAUGUUGGAUUGAAGAAGAGGCCAGAUAUAUCUGCUCGUGCCUUUGCAUGUAUCGCAGAUGUUCUGGGAUUCAUGGCCGGUGCAAAAGGUGGCUUGCGUAGUGGGCCUGCUUCUAACAAACAGUGGAAGCAACCGUUACAUUACUUGGAAGAAGGCAGGAUAGAGGAAGGUGUAAGAGCAUUGGCAAACAUCAGGAAAUCUUGGAUUAAUCAUCCUGACCAAUUAACAAGGGCAGCAAGACAUUAUGAAGGUGCUGAACAGAUUCUUAUCCGGCACGCUGUUAUGAGUGUUUCGUCCUUUGUGAAAUUGGUUCCAUCUGUACAAGCACAGAGCAAUACAUGGUACAUAGCUGAGUGCCCGGCCAGGAUUGAUCUAUCUGGUGGAUGGACGGACACUCCACCAGUGUGUUAUGAACAUGGUGGCGCUGUUGUUAAUGCUGCAAUAUUACUUGAUGGUAAGCGACCCAUCGGUGCAAGAAUACGCAAGCUAGACACCCCUGUGGUUUUACUUACUCUGCUUGGACAAGAUGACAGCUCAACUCAAAUCAUUGAGUGUACGUCAAAGGAGCAGUUCCUUGACUACUACCAGCCACAAGCCCCUGCUGCUUUACUUAAAGCUUGCUUUAUAUUAGCAAAAAUAAUUGACCUGGAGUCGGAUGUGAGUCUUGAAAAUCAUCUUAAAGAUGAAUUCGGUGGUGGUUUUGAACUCCAGACGUGGUCCAUGCUUCCCAGAGGUUCAGGUCUUGGUACAAGUAGCAUAUUAGCCGGUGCUGUUAUGAGUGUUUUGUACCGUGCAGCUGGGUACAGUGCAGAUGCGGAUGCCAUCAUUCACUCUGUGCUGCUUGUAGAACAAAUGCUAACCACAGGGGGUGGUUGGCAAGAUCAAGUGGGCGGGUGUAUUGGUGGGGUGAAAAUUGGACGGUCGGAGAAAAUUCUUCCCCUGCGUGUGACUGUUGAGAUGCUCGUACUCACUGAUGAACAAGCUGAAAAAUUCAACAAACAUCUGAAGCUUGUGUACACGGGGAAGACCAGAUUGGCUCGCAAUCUACUUCAGAAUGUUUUACGUAACUGGUACGCAAGGAGGACUGAGAUAUUGGAUAUUUGUAAAGGGUUAAAGGAGAAUGCAGAGGAUUGUGCUGUGGCAUUCAAUGAGGGCAGUAUUGAGCGUGUGGGAAAGUGUGUGGAGGCUUAUUGGAAGCAGAAGAAGAUGAUGGCUACUGGUUGUGAGCCAGAAGUGUGUGCGCGUAUGAUGGAAGCACUGAGACCUUACUGUUAUGGCCAAUCACUUUGUGGAGCUGGGGGUGGCGGCUUCAUGUAUGUUCUAAUGAAAGAAGAACACCCAAAUGACUUUAUACGAGAUAUAUUGAAAAAUAUUAAAGGAGCUCAAGAUGCAGUUGUGUAUAAUGUUGAGAUUGAUAGACUUGGAAUGGUCUGUCACAAAUCCCCUAUAUCUUAAUAGAGUCAAUAAUAAACUGUACAGCAUAUGCUGCAUAUAACAUUGUAUCAUGCACCCAUGGUAUCUACUAUCUAGAAUGUAGCCAGAGUAGGCUUAUUACCAUUUUUAGCGCUAGCAGCAUGUAUGUUGUAAUCAUAAUGAACUACAUACUUUCAGCUUGCUUUUUAAAUAUCUUUAUUGUUGUUCAGUAAAUACCGAUAAGACCAAAAUAUACAACAGUAUUUUGACUUUAUUUCCACAUGUUCCCAUCCACUGAUUCACAAUGCAAUAUUUUGUUAUUUUGUAAUCAUAAAUCUCUGUGUUGAGAUUAUUGCUUAUGCCUAUUUAGUUUAUUUAAUUUACCAGUUCCCUGCUUCUGUCUAAACACUUAACAAUCACCAUAUUUAAUAUUCCUUUCUUAUAAUUCAUUCUUCUUUUGAAAAACAAUUAAUCCUUUAUUUGUUUUAAUUGUGAUACCAGUUAAAGUACACCUUGCAUUAGAUGAGAAAGGGAUUUUAGUGGCCCACAUAGCCUUUUAUUAUUAUUAGCCUAUUAUAUAUAUAUUGUAAUUGGUGAUGCAGUCAAGUUGUGUUGCUGAAGUUUUGGUAUUUAUUUAUUUUUAUUUGUGUUUCCCAAAACAGUUGAGACGCACCAAUGAAAACAAUGUCUUAAUAAAUUCUUCAAUCUAUUUGUAUGAAAAUUUCAUUCUUUAUUUAACAUUUGCAAUACCUGAUGUGAAUAUAUAUGGGCUACCUUGGUAUAUCCUGGUACUGUAAUAGAAUCAUGUUUCUUGUGUUACAACCUAGGGCUAAUUUUAUAUGCAUGUCUUAGCACUUUUACAAAUCCCUCUAGUCAACCUGCAAAUGGGUAAAAGUUUUGUUUGUCAUUUAUUUGAAGCUUGUCUGUAAAAUUGUGUUUCUGAUUUUUCAUUUAAGAUUUUAAAAGAAAUUUGUUGAUUUCCAAGGAAUUACCGUUUUACUGCAUUUGCCUUUAAUGAACCAAUUUGUUGAUUAUUUUUAAUCAUUCUUAGA